GCAUAAUUCAAUAAGGUUGAAGCGAUUUUUGAUUCAAACAAAUCUUGUUCAAUCUUCAUGAUCCCUGUGCUAGUACUUAUUAAUCCACCAACUGAAAAGUAUUUUUUUUUGACACCAACUCCAACCAGAGCCCGUUGCCACCCAGCCCUGUGUAGUCGCGUCUGAGAGAAGACUCACGACGUUCUUGAUGUUGAGAGAUUUUUUGUCGGUUUUUCUUGUGCCCCGAGAAUACAACAGGAUGUCUUGCAUGGAUCACUCUCCACUGGCACCGCAGGCGCAGACACCCUUCUUUCUAGUAUAGUCCCGCCCAUCUUAAGUUUCCUACCCGAUUGACAGUGAUCUGAUCGUGAUCACCGGCUUUCUUCCCCCACCUGCCUCCUCAAGUAUUCGGUUUUAUGAAUCAGACUCUCAGUUCUCUACGUCUGGACGACUUCGGGUGUUAGUUUUGUUUUUCAAAAGAUGACUCUGCACGAUCUGGACGGGGAUGCGAUCGAUGUUGAAGAGGCCAGCACCUCGAAAGGAACUUCUUUCUGCCAAACUGGAACUUGCGGACGCAGGAGAAAAAAGCCUACCCAACCUGAUUUAACCACCAACGACUACUCCUACGUCCUGUUUCCCGAAGACACUACAGUCGCACGACCACCAGUACAGGUACAUGCAGCAAUGUUGUUGGCCGGGGACGAGAACUAUCGUAUGGGAAACCCCCCGACAGCUGCCGGAAUACACGAGGAACGUCGUUGGUACCACUUCCGGUGGCGAUUUUUGUGUGAAGACACGGAAGCGGACGCGACCUGCUGUGAAGACGCUUGGUGAUACAUAAAGUACUUUCUCGGGGUCUGGUUCGGCUCCUUGAGUGCACUCGCUAUCGGCUCCUAUCUGGUCUUCCGGUGGGUGCACGCUGAAUUUCCAUCCUCCGGUGGAGACGACGUCGCAAACGAUCUACAACAACUUUUGUCGACGACAAUUUCCAAUACCAAUGCAAGCCCGGUAGGAACCACGACGGUCCUUGCUGCUUCGUCGUUUAUCUCUGGCGCUACUCCUGUCGCUGCAACGACGGCCCCAGGAAAUGUGGUGGCGGGGGCCUCGUUGAGCGGUUUUCUACCGAUUAGAACAAAUGGGUAAAAAGCUGCUAAACGGUGAAAUCUGUAUGUCGAUUACCAAUAUAAGCGCCUCGGCUCACAUAAAGCUUAAUAUGACAGCAAACUAUGCUCUUGCCGUAAUGUUGAGUUUCAACAUCCUACCAAUCUCACAAUUCUUGUGAUUUGCGAUUUCACGCCGGUCGUCCAGUUUUGCCGGCUGCUAGCGCAAUGAUUUUUGACCUAAAAGAAAAGCUGCAUGUUUCUUGCUGUAAUUCGAAGAUAAAGCUGGCGGUCGUGACGAAAGCGAUUUCUUCUUCCUGCUGCAAUUCUAUCAGUACAACUCUUGAUAAACCAGAUUUAUGUUUCGUGUAAGAAAGAAAGUAAAUCAGGAUGUUGAUCCGUAUCUGUUGUAAGAUCUAGAGGUCAACCGAAAAAAUCAAAAAUCUAUGGCGUUGCUCCUUGAAAAAACUACAAUCCUUGAAUUUGAUUUUUUGAAGUUUUUCCUUCGGGCAUCAAAUUGGGGCCAUCCUUACUUUGGGCCCGUUUGUGUUCCGAUGCCUUUUUGUAUGUGGUCAUGUCCCGACGUUGAUUCCUCUACGCAACGCGGGGUGUUUGGGCGAAUCACUCACCAGUGAGAACAAUCGAUCACGAGACGAGACCACUCUGUGAGAAACAGUUUCGCAAUUAAAGAAAGAUGAAGAAACGCCACGGUCACGGACUCCAGUGUGCGUCGGCACUCUUACCUCCGUGAUGCUUUCUCGGUUUGCCGCACCACUGGAAUUUGGCUUUCAGCCUGGGCCCGUUUCUAUCGUUUGCGUUUGCUCUACUAGAGGAUUAGAGGGGCGGGGCUCCUCCAGAGUCCAAGUUAUUGGAGGGCUUGGCUUUGGGAAUCACGUCAACACGCCGCGGCACCGACCUCCUCGGGCCCGGUUUUUCUUCCCUAUCUACACUUUCG